AUGAGGUUUGCAUUGAUAUGCAUCGGAUUAUUUGCUGAUACCUUAAUAAGCGAAAAUUUGAAGAUUGAAGAUCUUUGCCAGUUCAUCGCAGACGAUUUUACUCCGAAGGUAUUUGAAGGACAAAAUCGAGUAGCUGCAAAUGAAGCGAUGAAAACAAUAUUUUCGCUUUCUAGAGAAAAUCUAAAAAAUAAAGAAUACGCCAUUAACUCGAAAGUCUACGAUAAGAUUAUGGACACAAUUAUACAAGGCUCCAACUUUGAUUCAUCUGCUGUUUAUAAGAAG